GAAACCUGCAGCAGUCAGAUCACAGCAUUGGAACGGAAAGGAACGUUGAAGGUGAAGCUAUUCUCGUACACCAUGAAUCUAUCAGCUGUGAUUCUGCUCCUUUUCGGCUUGGGCAAGAACUGGGCUCAAAACUACCAGAGCAUUACUGUCUUCGAAGAUUCCAAUUACGACGGAGAACAGAGUGAUAUAUUCCAGAAUUGCCCUAACAUCUGGUCAUGUGCCCCCAAUGUCGGAGAUAACGCGAUCUCCAGUGCAUGCGUCACCGGCAUUUGGAUACUCUACAGUGAACCUUCUUACAACUUUGAAGGAUUCGGAGCAGUGGAAUGGGGGUUUGGGUUAGGUUAUUGUUGGAACCUGGGGCCCGCCGAUAACGUAGUGUCAUCCCUCAGGUUAGUAGGAUAUAGCACCAACUACAUGGCAAACACAAUCACACUUUAUAAUCAUAUUAUGUUCAUGGGGGAACAAUAUUUCGGCACCACAGACAGUCCCAAUGUGCAGAUGAACGACAUAAACUCCAUCAUCAUCACGGGUGCAAGUGACUGGACCGUCUAUACGCUCCCGGACUUCCUGGGGCCAAGUGCAUGCUUCAGUGUCCAGGCUGGAACGUUCGUGGGCUUAUACUUGGACCUCUCCGAACUCGAGAUCAACUCGGUCAGGUCCUUCCGAGAAGGAUGCUUCAGCGACGCAAAGAUUCAGCCCCGCCCGCAGAGACAAGGUGUGGUCGUCUUGGACAGUGAAUAGUGUGGCCUCACACGAUUCUCCUGCAUAAAUAAAUUCAUUGAG